AUGCCUAAACCUAAACCUCAUCCCGUCUCUGGGGUGGACCUACCAACCUUGGGGCCAUCGACCUCACCAGAAAAGGCCUUGGACCCAAGCAGAGUUCAUGGUAGUCAGCAGCCGCCCAACCAGCGCGAAGCCUUCAAUGCGUUCUAUCCCAACGGAUUACCCAAUGUCUACAAGAUGUUUCAGACCCCUGGCACCGACGGUGUCCGGCAGACGUAUCUUGAAGACUAUCUUCCUGUGGGAUUUUACAUGAAUCCUCGCACUGAAGCUGGGGCUAUCUUCUCUACACAAUGUGGACAACAGCCUUUCCGCCGAGUGGACCAGCUGAUGCCACAGCGUCGCGUUCACCUUUGGAACAAGGAUGAAAUCCAGUCCGUCUGUAACUCGCUUCGCAGGCUCUACUGGGGUCACAUGAAGUACAUGCAGAAACCCUCUUGCUGGGAUGACUUGUGGACCUAUUUCGAUACCCACGACAUCUACAACUAUGGAGCCCUGAAUCUCUGGAACGUGGUCAACCAUCUCUAUGAUGAGAACCAAAUCAUCGCUGAGGACGUGAAAAAGACAACGGCCGUUGAAGUCGGCUUCUGGGCCGAUUCAUGGAUGUACGUGGAGUCCAACUGCCAGAACCUCAUAAACUGGGAUGAAACUCAAUCUAUCAUCUCACUUCUCAGUCAGGACGAUUGGAAUUCGAUCGGUCGGAUCCCAGCUGAUGUUGUGGCGCUCGUUGAAAACGCGCUUACACACCGUCGCUCCCUGCUACUUGCUCCCGAAAAGCUAAGACUGGGUUCGGACGUGAAGCCAAAUCAUCUAAUGCAGUCUUGCGCCGACGACGGCCUCGAAAACUGGCUUGCUGGCCAACGCAUCUUCGAACCCUCAGGCCUUCCGCCACCUCCAGCGGUCAACCCCCACCAAGCCUCGCCAACUUCCAUGAAGGCUUCGGCGCCUGUUCUUGUAUUAGAAGGUAAACACUACUAUCAGUCGCCAUCCGAAAAGCGCGUACCCAGCGCAGUGGAAGCCCUGCACCAAUCCGCUGCCGCCGCUGGACCUGUCGCUCACAGUAACAGCGGCGCAGUGUUGACGGAACAGACCAAGACGACCAACCCCGGGGAAAUUCUUCAAGUAUCACCUCAAACCAUUUGCAAAUCUACCGAGCCCUCUUGUUCUGUGCCAUUCCUAUCACCUGGUAAUGGAGAAAACAACUACGUCGCUUCUAACUCAUCAACGAAGCAAAAGAAGGGAUCGUUUAAGAAACGCCGCGAUCUAGAAGAGUUCGAUGUACAAACCCCGACAAAAGCUGGGCGACGAGGUCGUGGCAACCCUCGGGCGACUCCAGGAGCUCACAAUUCCACAGUGACAACGUCACUGCCAACAUCGACCGCAAUGGAAUUUUCAACCCUGAGGACUCCUGAAAAGCAGACCAACAGUGCCCAGGCUAUUUCGAGUCCUUCGAAGGAGGAUGACACCGGAGGUAACAGCAAGCAAAGUGAUGCCGAGUCUCAGGCUGCGCGACCAAAUCAAUCUUCUGGUCGCCUGGCCCCCCAGGAACACAAGAGCACACAGCCCCUUGGUGAUGCGAACAGUCCCAAACGAUUACAAAAACUGGAACCAAAUUUCCAUACCAACCACAUGCCUGGAGCUCACGCAGAGGGGGCAGGACAGCCAAAUCAGAUGCACAAUCCUCUGGGAAUUACUUUCCACCCCUCUGGAACCUUCAAUCAAGUGGCCCAAGGAGGGUACAUUGCCCCUCAGGACAAUGCCUCUAAUGGAACGAGCUACCGUCAUGUGAGCAUGCAGCAACCAUUUCUUCAUCCAAAAGGUUGCCCACCCAACCGUGGUCGGAAUCCCAACAACUCUUCCCGCCUGGAACGCUCCGAGCUGAACGACAAUCGUUGGUAUCAAAACAACGAGAACUUUAACACUACUCACUCAGGGUUCAGUCGUGGAGGUAAUCAGCGUGGUGGACGCAAAGGGACAGGCCGUCGAGGUGGCCACAACCAGCGAAACGCAACAGCGCCUGUUACGCAACCACAUGUUAGUUCCGACCCCUUCCAGAAGAUGCGAGAUGGAGGACUAUGGAAGAACGGCAAGUGGCGCCGAGAAGGCUCGGAUCCAAUACAAGUGACGUGUCGGAACGUCCAGGAUGGAUAUGCCAUUAGAGACUACGUUCAUUGCUCCUGCCAGAUGUGCGAGGCUCGUAACCGAUCUGUGCACGUCGCCGUGGAAUCCCAACAUGAAAUGUCAUCGGUAGAUAUGCAGUCACGGAUCAAGUAUGGUUUAUCUAGGCGAUACGGGCUUGUAGACGAAGUAUACCCAUUGCCUUCCAAGGAACCAGGACGCUUCAUAGUCAGGUUCAAUAACCCUUCAUCUGUUGGUGAAGCCCUAACGAUGGGUGGUGGAAAUAUGCCCGAACACGCUCUAUCGGUUACUUUCCACCCGGCUAUGCGUUCCAAGUGGACACUCUCCGAGCAAGCACCGACUCGGGUGACCUCUAGCCAGGCCAUUGACCAACAUCCCUCUUCUGUGCCAUUCUCUUCGUAUCCAUUUGGCCUCGUUGUGCCUGGUGUUUCGGCAGCUCACCAGAUCCCACCUGGAAUGCUUCAUCCAUCUGUGGCGAACCCAGCCAAUGCGCGUAUGUGGCCCAAGAGCAGUGGCCAACAAGCUUUCUCUGGAUUUGUACAACCUCAUACACUGAAUCGACCAUCUGUUGCUCCUCAGCUGAUGACGAAACUACCUGAUUUCGUUCCUGCCGUACAUGGCUAUCCUCAAGAGCAAACCUUUGUCCCGGGAUCUACACACUUGGAGACUGUCGGCCAAACCCUCGGUGAGCCAUUGCAAACAAAGCCGCCUGCUGAGGAAGCUUUGGAAGAUAUGCAUCGCAAUGAUCUACAUGGUUCCUACAGUCCAGAAAGCGACGGAAAUGGGACUACUGGAACCAAAGCUCGUGUUUCAUUGCCUAACACCCCCUCCAAGGCAUCUCCAACCACGGAAGAAGCACACACAAGACAACCCACGGCCACAGAGAAGGGCGCGGAUAGCCAGGCUAGUGUAGAGGUUGUGCAUCCCCUUACACACACAUCAUCUGUCCCAGACAGCAGUGCGACCGGCCACAAUCGCGUACCCAGCGUCUUCACUGAGAACGAAAUCAAGGAAAGGCGCCAAGCGUGGGCAAAGAUUCCCAUGCCACUAAAUCGUCACCGUUCUAGAAAUUUUACACCAACUAAAUCCAGCAGUGGCCCUGUCAAAGAUGGCGAUAACUGGCGGGUUUCAAAGGGUGAUAAGCGCGAAGUGUACGGUGCUGAAUCCGAACUGUCAACCCCGACCAAGAACGUGACAUUCACUCCUGAUACUGGCAGUGUUUAUGAGCAAUCUCCUCAGAAACCGGCAUCUCCCACAUGUGCGCAGAAGGACUCCAUUGGCAAAUCAACUGGACCGGCAGGACAAGAAACAACUAUCGAAGAGAACGUCGAUCAGGACAGGGGACUGGCUACUACCUCUUCUCAAACCGGCAAGAAUGGAUGCCAGAGCGAGCCAGAUCAAACCCAAGUGCUCAAGCACAUCGAACAAGACACUCCGUCAAAAGUUUCUGACACAAACCGGCGUUCAGACAACGGACAAGCUCAGCCAAAGGGAAAGGGGAAGGGUCCGAAAUCGAAGUCGAAGAAGAAGAAGUCAAAACAUAAGAUGAUGUCUCAAGGCCACGAAUCUAACUCUCACACGCCCCAUCCCCAUACGACCACUCAAGCUCCUCCGGGCGAUUCUGAGAGUACGCGUCACGGCCUUACACCCAUAAUUGACUUGGAUAAUCAGCCGUUUGAGUCGUUCUCCCCUACAAAGCGGCACUAUGACGACCCCGAACAACAUUCUGCAUCCGAUCUUUCCAAACAAAGCAAGAAUCAGGGAAACACCCAGCAAAUUCCGCACGAUGAAUCGGACUCGCCCGAUGAGGAUGCCCGUAAUCGUAAGGGAUUCAGAUUCGGCAGGGGAGGUUCGCUUCGUAUGGGCAAGAUACGUCGCCAUGCCAUCAAGACUGUGCCAGUACCUGCAGAGCAGUCCACAGACACCCAGAUUUCUCUCCCUUCAUCGGAUUUUGCCUUUCAAUGUCAGAGCGAUUCUGCCUCUACUGCUUCACCAAGCUUACAUGGGCCCGACAACAGUGCAACGAGCCGACUGAACCCCAAAGCACAGGAGUUUGUCUCACCACCCAUGGACAAGCAAACAACACCAGAUUCUGAUGGAAACGAGAGCUUCGAUAGGCUCACAUCAGAAGAUGCAACCAAUCGCACGCGAAAUGCCAUUCAAGAACCACUGAAGUCUGGCCUGGGCGCAGCUCCUACCGACGACUCCAUGCUUUCUGCGGUAGCUACUUCAGUCCCAAAACAUCAACGGGCUCUAUCGGAAGCGGCUCAGAAAGAGACCUUGGCAAAUGACAAAGAGGGAGCGUGCCAGGACCAUACAAAGACACCAGGAAAAGGCCCCAAGAGAGGAAAGGGCAAAGAAAGAGCCGCUACAAUGGGCGCGAAGAAAGAAAAGACAGGGGGCACAGGGGAAGCAACCCAGGAUUCACCUAGAACUCCCAAACAACCAAUCACCAAAACCAGGAAGCCUGGCCUGAUCAACGAUGAUUGGCCUCCUCUUUCAGCAUCUCGGGAUCGUGCCCCAUCCAAGCCGCAGACACCCUCGGUCUGGGGCGCAAAGACGAAAGCUGUUGUGGAAAAUGGUGACCUAGAACAGGGCUCUCCCGUUACCGAAGAAUGA